GAUCCAACCCAGAAGAGACUGUACUAGUGGAAGAACAAGUUGUGAAGUCAUACAAGAUAGUGUUCUCCAAAAAAGAUUUUGACUUCAAUGAUUCUGAAAACACCACCUUCUUUGUGUAUCUCAGUAAUUUUACAACACCAUACUGGUUCCAAAUUUCGUUUUCGUGGAGACCUGUAAUGAUGCUAGACUUGCUUCAGUUUUUUGUGACAUUCUUUAGUUGUUUCCUGUCCUUACUACUCAUUGCUGCUAUCAUAUGGAAAAUAAAACAGAAAUAUGAUGCCUAUAGGCGUAGACGGGCACAUGUGGUUGAAAUGGCACGAUUUGCAAGCAGACCUUUUGCUUAUACUAGUGUUGAGUUGGAGAAAGAAGAGUCGCCUGCCGAUAAUUCGUCAACUAAACCCAGG